AUGGUCAAGCUGGUGUCCUUACACAUCAGUCGAUCGUUCAUUCAGUCACCGCUGUCUCGCAACCAGGAAUGGAUCGACCUCACUCUCGACUAUGCUAUCUCAACUGUGACAGUCGCGGGAAAGAUGUCGAACACUCAUUGGGCACUGCGACCCUUUAAAGGACAUUUCCUGCCCGAAACAGCAGAUAUGAGCCGUCAAUUCACACGCGCGAGGGAGCUGUUACGACCGACACUAGAAGCCCGUCUACAGCAGAGAGAUAAGGUGCCCAACGACCUCAUGCAAUGGAUUAUCAAUAACUAUCCGGACCAAGAGGAUGAUUUGACCCUCCAUACACGGCUGCAGCUGGAGGCCGUUCAAGCGGCGACCUAUAAUCUUGCCUUCCAGGUACGAGUGACUUAA